GGACGGCACGGAGCCCUACGACAAGGCGUACUGCCAGGUGGACAGCGAAGUGACCAUUCAGGGGAGAAAAAACCGGGACCUGUGCCUGCACGAGUCGCUCGACCGGACCGACGGCGAACUGGACUGCUGCGUCGACAUGUACAAAAUUGCGACGAUGGGCUACCACCAGCCGGAACAGUGGUGGAAGGGGAAGGAGCAGCUGCCCUACAAGGAGCAGUGCGCGGACGGCUACUUCAACCUUUUCGACUGGACGCAGAAGCUGACGCGGCGCAACUGCGUCCACGAUGGGAGCAACGACGCGGAGUUCACCACCGCAAAUGCGCAGGCCGCGGUGUGUUGCGUCCCCCUAGGGCACACGUUCACCGACGAGUGCGAACUGUCCGACUGGCGCAUGCCGCGCAAGGAGUGCGGUUACGAGCAGGACUGGGAUUACUUCGGGGGAGACUUGCACGAGAACACCGCCUAUUACACCAUCACGGGGGCCGAGUGCAAGACGCUGUGCGAGUUAAAACCAGACUGCACCGCCUACACCUGGGUCCACGAUAUUGACGACACCUGCCGGCUGAAACAGUUGCGGGGUGUGUCGGGUACUAUCGAUCCCGUGCAGGCAGUGAAAGACCCUUUUGAUCUGAACUGGGAGACCGGACAGCGGGUCCACAGGGACGUCGGCGGGCAGUGCGCGGAGCAGUGGCCGUUUGCGUACCGGGACUACCAGGUGGUCACAAAACCGCCCUGCUCCAAGUCCUGCGGCGGGGGUCUCAGGUACUUCACGCGCGAGAUCCUCCAGCACCCGCAAUCCCUGGUCGACGAGCUGAGCACCGAUUUGUCGCCCUACCGCACUUGUGGUUCUCUCCUAAAAAUCGAGAUCUGCAACAUUCAGGAGUGUCCGACGCCGACCACGCCGACGACCACGCCC